CAUGCAACUCUACACCUCUCUGUUCCUCUUCUGCAGUGCCGGCCCCUCCCUGUGGUUUCUUUUCACCAUCAGAAAAAGGGGAGGGCAGUGAUCGUGUGUCAGGGUGAAUCAAUGUUUGCCUGGUUGCAUGUGAGCGCUGAAGGGGCGGAGAGCUUUUUGACUGAAACUAUGGGCCCUGACUAGUGUUCACAUCCUCUAUAGGUGUGGCUUUCCAGGCUCUUCGAUGAGUUCCAGGAACUAAAGGGCUGAGAAAAAAGUGUCAGAGACAGUUAGUUUUCAGAAAGCAUAAGAGAGUGGAAGACAUGGCAAACACAGCUGCUGAAGAAGCAGUUCCCAUCUCCAAACAGCAGCAGCAGCAGCAGCUGUGUGGUGUCUGCUCAGGUGUUUUAAGCGGAGACAUGCCGGCAGCCUGUAGUCACUCUGUCUGUGGCCCCUGCCUCGGGGACAAACAUAAAGGAUGUCCCGAGUGUCUGCAGAGCCCCGAGAAGGACAAGCCUGAACCUGCUGACUGUCCCAAACAGAAUGGGACAGAGGCUAAAGGCCCUGUGACCGAGCGCAAAGAGGAGCAGGAUGUUAUAAAAGCGACAGAGGAGAUCAAAGUCCAAGAAGACCUGAAGGAGUCUGAGGACCCCGAAAAGCCCGAGGAGGGGAAGCAAAAGGGGGAACCACUGACAGAACCUGUGACAAAUGGAGCAAAAGAGGAGGUGAAAGAAGAGGCGGUGAAGGAGGAACCUUUGGGCCCCGACGACGUGGUGUGCGACUCGUGUAUCGAGAGCCCCCGCAGGGCCCUUAAGUCCUGCCUCACCUGCCUGGUGUCGUACUGCGAGGCCCACCUGCGGCCUCACCUGGAGAAGCCCAAGUUUCAGAACCACCGGCUGGUGGAGCCGCUCAGGGACAUCGAGAGACGCACCUGCGAGAGCCACAAGUGGCCCCUGGAGCUUUUCUGCUGCGCCGACGCCAUCUGCGUGUGUCAAGACUGCGUGACGGAGGAACACAAGGGCCACAACGCCGUCCCCGUGGUGGAGGCUCGCAGUCGGAUAGAGAGGGAACUGAGGGAGAAGCAGACAGAGAUGGUGAAGACGUUGACGGCAGCAGAGAACGCCAUCAACAAACUUCAACUCAACACAGUCAGUAUUGAGCAAUCGGGGAAGGAGGUGCGCACGGUGAUGGAGAGCCAGUUCGAGGAGCUGCAGGCGGUGAUGGAGAGGGCGAAGCGGGAGGUGACGGAGAUCCUGGAGGGCGAGGAGAAGCAGGCGCUGAAGCAGGCCGAGGGCAUCCGGGUUCACCUGGAGCAGAGGUGCACGGAGCUGAAGAAGACUCAGGCGCAGAUGGAGAAGCUCUCCAAGAACAAAAAUGAUGUGGAUUUCUUACAGGAGUAUUCAGAGUGGAAGAAAGAAGCCAGUGAUAUCUCUCUGCCUGGGGUCUACAUCGGCCUGAUGGACCGCCUCAAUUCCUUCAGCCGCGUGAUCGUCGACUCCACGCAGGAGCUGUGUGCCAUGCUUGUGUCUUUAUACAUAGAGAAAGUUAAAGAGAUGUGCAAGAAGGACAAAAGGGGGAUAAAGACAACAGUUCGUGAAAUUAUUGCAGCCAAGCAGAACAUGUCUAUACCAGAUCCAGUGACGCAUGCCGACUUCCUCAAGUAUGCCGCCCAAGUGAGUUUCGACGCUGACACCGCUCACAAGUUCCUGCGGCUGACAGAAGAUAACAGGAAGGUGACUAACACCACACCCUGGCAGCAUCCUUAUCCCGAUCUACCCGAGAGGUUCGAGAACUGGCGCCAGAUCCUGGCGACGGAGAGCUUCUACCUGGGGCGCCACUAUUUUGAGGCGGACAUCAGCGGCGAGGGCACACACAUCGGUCUCACCUACAAGAGCAUCGACCGCAAGAGCAACGAGAGCAACGGCUGCAUCACGGGGAACAACUUCUCCUGGUGUCUGCAGUGGAACGGCCGCACCUUCUCCGCCUGGCACAGCGACAUGGAGAUCCCCCUCAGCGUGGAGAAGUUCACUCGUAUCGGCGUUUAUUUGGACUACACCAAAGGCCUCCUGGCUUUCUACGGUGUGGACGACACCAUGACGCCCAUCCACCAGUACAAGGCCGAGUUCCUGGAGCCUCUUUACCCGGCUUGCUGGCUGUCCAAGAAGGAGAAUCUAGUUGCUUUGGUGGCACCGGGAGAGCCGUUGCAGGUCAAAAACCCCUCUCCGUCCACCCCACCUGAGAAUAGAGCUAUUGAUUCCAAAACGGCAGCACAGCAAUGAUUAGAAGUCAGAUUAUUUUCUGAAUCUUUUAAGUGACAAUUCAACAUUAUAAGACUCUAUCCAUGUCCAGUUGUGUAAGGUAUAAAGUUAUACAAAUGAAGAUCCUACAUAGGGCCUUUAUUACACCACAUUAGUUAAAAAAAAUGGACCCAAAUGCAUUGGAACUGUGCUGGCAUGGCUGUGGUAGGCGUGGUACCUUUAUGCAUUUAUUGUGGGCCUGUCCAUUGUUAAAGAGAUUUUGGACUGAGGUAAUAGAUGUUUAAAAAUGAUUCUAAAUGUUCAUAUUCCUAAAUGCCCUAUUGUAUAUACAUUGGGAAGCAGAUUGGAAAAUACAAGCAAGCAAGACCUGUACAACGUAUAGUUGCACUAGCUUUUCUCUCCGUGAAGAGGACUGUACUCAUGAAUUGGAAAAUACGC